AUGGGCGAGACCAAGAUCAUCUACCACCUGGACGGGCAGGAGACGCCGUACCUGGUGAAGCUGCCCCUGCCCGCCGAGCGCGUCACCUUGGCGGACUUUAAGGGCGUUCUGCAACGACCCAGCUAUAAGUUCUUCUUCAAGUCUAUGGACGACGAUUUCGGAGUGGUGAAGGAGGAGAUCUCGGACGACAAUGCCAAGCUGCCCUGCUUCAAUGGCCGGGUGGUGUCCUGGCUGGUGUCGGCUGAAGGCUCACACCCAGAACCAGCGCCCUUCUGUGCUGACAGCCCAGCAGAACUACCACCACCCAUGGAGCGCACGGGAGGCAUUGGCGAUUCCCGGCCCCCAUCCUUCCACCCUCACGCUGGUGGGGGCAGCCAGGAGAACCUGGACAAUGACACAGAGACCGACUCCUUGGUGUCUGCCCAGCGAGAGCGGCCACGCCGGAGGGACGGCCCAGAGCACACAACCCGGCUGAAUGGAACUGCCAAGGGGGAGCGGCGGCGAGAUCCAGGGGGUUAUGACAGCUCCUCGACCCUGAUGAGCAGCGAGUUGGAGACCACCAGCUUCUUUGAUUCAGAUGAGGAUGACUCCACCAGCAGGUUCAGCAGCUCCACAGAGCAGAGCAGCGCCUCACGCCUGAUGAGAAGACACAAGCGGCGGCGGCGGAAGCAGAAGGUUUCCCGGAUUGAGCGGUCUUCGUCCUUCAGCAGCAUCACGGACUCCACCAUGUCACUCAACAUCAUCACCGUCACUCUCAACAUGGAAAAGUAUAACUUCUUGGGCAUCUCCAUUGUGGGCCAAAGCAACGAGCGUGGUGAUGGAGGCAUCUACAUUGGCUCCAUCAUGAAGGGUGGGGCCGUGGCUGCUGAUGGACGCAUUGAGCCAGGAGACAUGCUAUUACAGGUAAACGAGAUCAACUUUGAGAACAUGAGUAACGAUGAUGCGGUUCGAGUACUUCGGGAAAUUGUACACAAACCAGGGCCCAUCACCUUGACUGUAGCCAAGUGCUGGGACCCAAGUCCACGUGGGUGCUUCACACUGCCCAGGAGUGAGCCCAUCCGGCCCAUUGACCCCGCGGCCUGGGUCUCCCACACUGCAGCCAUGACCGGCACCUUCCCUGCCUACGGCAUGAGCCCUUCCCUGAGCACCAUCACCUCCACCAGCUCCUCCAUCACCAGCUCCAUCCCUGACACAGAGCGCCUAGACGACUUCCACCUGUCCAUCCACAGUGACAUGGCCGCCAUAGUAAAAGCCAUGGCCUCCCCUGAAUCCGGGCUAGAGGUCCGUGACCGAAUGUGGCUCAAGAUUACCAUCCCCAACGCUUUCAUCGGCUCGGAUGUGGUGGACUGGCUGUACCACAACGUGGAAGGCUUCACUGACCGGCGAGAGGCCCGCAAGUAUGCCAGCAACCUGCUGAAAGCCGGCUUCAUCCGCCACACUGUCAACAAGAUCACCUUCUCCGAGCAGUGCUACUACAUCUUUGGCGACCUCUGUGGCAACAUGGCCAACCUCUCCCUCCACGAUCACGACGGCUCCAGCGGCGCCUCCGACCAGGACACGCUGGCCCCUCUGCCGCACCCAGGGGCCGCCCCUUGGCCCAUGGCUUUCCCUUACCAGUACCCGCCGCCCCCACACCCCUACAAUCCGCACCCAGGCUUCCCAGAGCUGGGGUACAGCUAUGGCGGGGGCAGCGCCAGCAGUCAGCACAGUGAAGGCAGCCGGAGCAGUGGCUCCAAUCGUAGCGGCAGCGACCGGCGGAAGGAGAAGGACCCUAAGGCCGGGGACUCGAAGUCGGGCGGUAGCGGCAGCGAAUCGGACCACACGACCCGCAGCAGCCUGCGGGGGCCGCGGGAGCGGGCGCCCAGCGAGCGCUCGGGUCCUGCCGCCAGCGAGCACAGCCACCGCAGCCACCACUCGCUGGCCAGCAGCCUGCGCAGCCAUCACACGCACCCAAGCUACGGCCCCCCUGGGGUGCCCCCUCUCUACGGGCCCCCCAUGUUGAUGAUGCCCCCACCGCCCGCGGCCAUGGGGCCCCCGGGAGCCCCUCCGGGCCGCGACCUGGCCUCUGUGCCCCCUGAACUGACCGCCAGCAGACAGUCCUUCCGCAUGGCCAUGGGAAACCCCAGUGAGUUCUUUGUGGAUGUGAUGUGA